UGGAUGUCACACGGACCGAGCCUCAAGUAAAAAGAUUCCGCUACUCAAAAAAACAAAAAGGCUACUUUAUUUUUAUUUUAUUUUUUUUCCUCCUUUCGGAUAGGAAGCUGUCCGCUUCCUUCUCACUAUGGCUUCUAACUUCAACGAUAUAGUGAAGCAGGGAUACGUGAGGAUACGGAGUAAGAAACUGGGGAUCUUCCGGAGGUGUUGGCUGGUGUUCAAGAAAGCCUCCAGUAAAGGACCCCGUCGGUUAGAGAAGUACCCAGAUGAGAAGGCAGCCUACUUCAGGAGCUUCCACAAGAUCACUGAGCUCCAUAACAUCAAGAACAUUACCCGGAUGCCACGGGAGACAAAAAAGCAUGCUGUGGCGAUCAUCUUCUGUGACGACACGUCCAAGACAUUCGCCUGUGAAUCAGAGCUGGAUGCAGAGGAAUGGUGUAAGCUGCUGUGCAUGGAGUGCCUGGGCAGCCGUCUCAACGACAUCAGCCUGGGAGAGCCAGACCUGUUAGCAGCGGGGGUGCAGCGGGAGCAGAACGAACGCUUCAACGUGUACCUAAUGCCCACCCCCAACCUGGACAUCUAUGGGGAGUGCACCAUGCAGAUCACUCAUGAAAACAUCUAUCUGUGGGACAUUCACAACGCUCGCCUCAAACUCGUCAUGUGGCCUCUCAGCUCCUUGCGCAGAUAUGGCAGAGACUCCACCUGGUUCACUUUCGAGUCCGGAAGGAUGUGUGACACAGGAGAGGGUUUGUUCACGUUCCAGACGCGGGAGGGGGAGAUGAUCUACCAGCGGGUCCACUCGGCCACGCUGGCCAUUGCCCAGCAGCAUGAGAGGAUGAUGGAGGAGAUGGAGAAGAGCUCCCAGAGCCACUCGAGAGAGACGUUAACUAAGUCCAUCUCCCUGCCACGCAGCGCCUACUGGCAGCACAUCACACGUCAGACCAGCGUGGGGGAUCUCUACAGUUACCAAGGGAGUGGUGGAAAGGAAAGACUAGCAGACAGAGGAACAGGCCUGACGAUGACUUUCAUCCCGAGAGCACAGACGUUCCCCAGCUUUCUGUCUGAUGAGCCUGAGCAGGAGGAGAGCCAGCACCAGCGAGAGGCACCAUCGCCCUCUAGUGGUUGUGAAUCUAGUUGCAGCCUGAGACCCCUUCAAUGACACAGAAAUGCUCAAUCAACACUGGACUGAACACUUCACCUACUGCUUUAGAGAGGAUGUAGAAAUAUGUAUAGUGACAUGUGUAAUAUAUCAUAUUAUGGCGAUACAGACAGUAGUGUCAACUGUAGAGCGAGCCGUACGGGAAAAGGAUUUCGAGGAGGCUCGUACUUUUCUUGUAUGACGUGUGACAGCCGAAGUAGCUUCAGAGAUUGUACCAAAAAAUCCUUUAAGUGUAGUUUUCAAGUGUUUUAUGUUGACAUUAUCCUUUUAAAGCCAGCAUGAAUCCCCUCCUCCCAAUCCCUGUUUAAAAGCACUGCAUCAUUACCUUACAAGAAACAAAUUGCUACCAACAAAACCACGGUCCACUGUAAAACAGCGUCAACUUUUAUUACAAAAUUGCUGAAAUACCGUCAGGCUCGUCCCAUUGAUGUACAGCCUCUGCAACCAAUUCAAGAGAAACUAGUUUUGACACAUAAUACUCCCACACUCACCGCAUUCUGCUUUCUUUUUUUCUCAAGAAUGUGAAACUGAUCAAUGCCUUACACAAAAGCUGCUUGAUGCUGACGGCAGUGACGAAUCAGCUGAAGCCCUUAAUCGGUUAGAACCAGCAAAAGGAAAGAGUCAUUCAGAUAUUCGUUUCAAGGAUAUAGUAGUGGACACAAUUUAACACAGUUUAAUUUAGGGAAAAAAUUUUUAAAUCAAUUGCUGUACUGAUCAGAGGUUCCCAUUUCAGAAAGCUGGGAAAUGAUUCUUCCAACUCCAGUCCAUUCGUGUACUGAUAUGAAAAAAAAAAGAAGCAUAAACUAGAUAUUGCUUUACCUGACUUGGUUACUGAUACUAUGUUACAGAUUAAAUGGUAGCCAAGAAAAAGACACACAGUAUGUGAAACUGCACUCUAAGGAAAUCUUCUUAAAGUCUGCUGUUCCUGCCUGUGCUGCAUCAACAAGCCGACAAAUUAUGUACCAGAAUUAUCGCCAACUUUCUGAGUGAAUGUAAUAUUAGAUAAGAUGACAAAUACCAGGGUUAUUAUAGUUAACUAAAUUAAACUAAAAACUAAAACUAAAUGUGAAAAAAAAAAGUAUUUAACUAAAAUAAAAAUAAAACAAAUGAUUUUGUGAAUUUGGAAAACUAAUAGUUUUAGUUUUGUUAGUUUGGCUAAAAAAAAAUAAAAAAUGAUCACAACAUGGACAUGUUUACUGAGACUUUGGAUGUCUACAUGAUGAUGAGUCAACUGCCUUGAGAACUUUGCGUUUUUACUGUAACACCUAUGCUGAUUUUCCUAAAUCUGACCUUUUGACAUGUGCCCUCCACUGAAAUGAAUGAAAACUACAGUAAAAUGAAACAUUUUCAAACAAUAAAAACUGAACUGAAACAAGCAAACCCACUCUGGAAACGAACUGAAACAAAACUGAAUUCAAAACAAAAAUAUAAAACUUUAACUUUGGCAGAUAGCACUCGUUUCAUGUUUUUAUGAUUAAUGUUGAAGUACCGCUAACAGCAAGCUUUGCUCUGUAAAGGUAACUGAAUGUGUGUAUCAGCACCUGUAAAACCAUAAAUCAUCAUUUAAAAUUAUUUUUUUCCCACCCUUUUUUGGGUACAGAUGAUACAAUGUAACAUGUUGGAGCAUGAUAUUGACAUGGUUUUGACCCCCCCCAUCUCGCACAAUUUCAAAUCCAGCAGCCUCACAGCGACCCCCACUACUUACCUACGGUCCUGUUUUCCAUCUGCUUCCAGUCCUUUCUGUAACAUGACUGAAAAGCUGCUGUUAUUAUGUUACUACACUGUCGUCCUUGAGUAAGAAGUGCCUUCUGACACACAGACCGUGGAGUGUGAGAUCUAACCAAAGCGACGUCUUUGGGUUUUGAGUUUACCGUCGUUGACCAGACCAGUUUGCUUAGUAUCUUCAAAACAGCUUUGCAAAAUUUCCUUAAGACCCAGCUGUGAAAUGCCAUGUGACACCUCCAAUACUCAGUAUAACCCAUUACCCGUGGAUGGCAAUCACUGGACACAAGUUCAUCUCUAAAUAUUUGUGCUGAUCUUUUUCAUGCAUCCAAUUAGUUCAUUUUUUUUUUCCUCUUUUCUUUCCCCAAUUCAGAGAUUACAGCAUUGUGUAGGUUAAUCAUGACGGUUUCCAGUGACAAUCAGUUUUAGGGAACAGCCUCCGUGUCAAAUGUAAUAAUUUUUAAAAGGUGUUUUUUUUUUUCUUUGGUCCUUUUUCUGGUCCUGAUGGUUUUUAUGUUUUAAUAAUUGCAAAGUUACAAGUGCUUAUUUUGUGUUCAAAUUCAGUUUUGCAGUAGUCACUUUAUUUUGUGAAAAAUGUUAUUUAAAAAAAAAAAAGAAGAAGAAAAAAAGCUCAAUCCUCUCAUUAAUUUAAGCCACAGAUGGUUGUUAGUCUGCGCUGCAGAGUUCACUGAUACAGCUGUUGACAUAUCUGGCCACAUUUAUGCUCUAACUAAGUUGAGUCUUUGCUCAAGUGUGGUUAAAUGUGUAGUUGUUCCAUUGCUUUGGGAGCUGUGCUGAGAUGACUGGAAAAAAAAAAAUUUCUAGUUGAUUGUGUUUGUCAUUUGCAGCUUUGUUUGUUUUUUUUUUUUUUUUUUUUUUUUUGUUCACUGUAGCUAUUCACUUGUUUGUAGGAGUGUCACGAAGAGCUGUUAUCAUUACUAUACGAUUGUGUUUGUGUCCGCCAUGUUUUGCGUUCUCAUAGAUUACAAUAGCACUUUUAAUACAUGAGUGUAGGACUACAGUUUUCACUAAAUGUACAUAUGUAAUGUUUUUGAUGAUUUAAAAAAAAAAAGUUAAUAAAUUCAAUG